AUGGACUCAGAAACGAUUGUCGACAAUGCGUACCUCAUCUCGGGUAGUGGCAACUCACUUAAGGAACGAAGUCUCUUGGGGCACAAUUUGGCUUUUGAGAAACUGCGGCGAACAAAGUCGAUGCCUAAGCGGUCCCAGAUUGAAAAGGCAAAGGUAACUGCCCCAAUGCCUGAGAGUGUUGCUCUACCCUCACCUCAAGUCAAAACAGAUUGUUUUAAGGGCUUUAAUCGUGCAAAAUCAAAAUUUUUCCACUCCUGUCGACUGCCUAAGCCCAAAGCGACUGAAUACGAGAAGAACGAAACUUCCCGAUGGAGUCCACUAUUCCCUUCCAGCAGGCAUCACAGACCUUCUAUUGUUUCCGAAACCGGUACAAUUGCUUCCUCCCUUUCAUAUGAAAGAGAGGAGGUCAAUGAAGGAUCAGAUUCGCCGGAUGACAUUCACAACGCAUCUCCAGCUACCUACCGCCAUCCAAUGCUGGAAGAACUCGACGCAGAAUCAGUCGUUCCACCGCCACCACCAAGAGCGUGUCCAGCGUGGCUGAAGUCUGCUCUUCAAAGGUCCCAGGACGUCUCUGAGUCGUCUCAAUUACAGACUUCGUCGUCUCCCAUGGAUACGACCUCGGUGGCCACGUCGAUGUAUUCGCAGGCAAGCAGUUAUGUGGGUCGUUUUGAUGACGAAAACUAUGAAGAUGUCCGAAUCUACCCAGUGAUGCAGAACGGAGUGAAAAUUAGUGAUACACACUACUGGAUCAUUAACCCUCCAAAACGUCGCUCCAAGCUAUGGCACCACAAGUCCGAAUGCAGCGGUCACACGCGCGUAACACUGAGGGCCAACCGAGACUUCAGCACCGACCGUUUAUUCAGCGGUAGACCCACGAGCUUUUCGGCGAAGCUUCUGAACGACAACCAGCACUAUGAAAACGUCUCCUAUUCUUCCACAUGCUCAUCACCAGGCUCCAACAUGGACGUUGAGGUGACAAGACCCACCAACCUCCGUAGAGGUCGAUCUGAAAACAGCAAGGAGUUUCUUCAAACGGUUCAGCGUAAUUUAGUUAGCAAACUGCGAAUACUCGUCCCCAGCGCCACAGAAGACGAGUGUCGCGCUGUCCUCAUCGGCUCAAGCUGGGAUUUUGAAAAGGCCCAGCACCGACUGAAGCUUGAGCUGCUCUGUCGAACGGGCUUCGCGUCGAAGUCAGCUUGCGAGAAGUUGUUAAAGUGCCUAAACUGGGACCUACCCGAGGCACUAGAGUACGUACGAGCAGAGAACUGUGAAACCCUCGACUACUGUCGAAUUCCGCCGAGAAUCUGCCUCAAUACUCCCGACCUUUCUCCAGCUUGUAGCACUGGUGAACCAGUAAGCCUUACCCCUGAUAUUUCCCCCGACUCCCCUUACCCCAAAUCUCUGCCGUUUCCAUAA